AUGAAUGGGCUUACAUUUCAUUUACAGUCCGGUAUUCAUAAACGGUCAAUUACCAUUGAUGGACAAGAAAUUUCAUUACGUGACUUACGGAAGGCUGCAUUCGAAUUUAUUCAGGAAGUUAAUCCAGAUCAAUCAUGCUCUAAUUUGCAAGAUCACAUCCUAUUGUAUAAGCAUGACUUACGAUCAAUUAAUAUAUUACAACUUAUAACAACAAGCUCAGAAAUAUCUGAUGGAACACUGGUAGAAGUAGUUAUAAGCUCUUGUCCACAACAUGAACGACUGGUUGUACAUCCUCAUACUUUGUAUGUCCAUUCAUACAAAGGACCAACAUUCUGUGACUUUUGUGGAGAGCUUCUGUUCGGAUUAGUCAAACAGGGCCUCAAAUGCCAAGGAUGUGGCUUAAACUAUCAUAAAAGAUGUGCCUCGAAAAUUCCUAAUAAUUGUAAUGGUUCGCGCCAACGCAGACCAAGUGCUAUUCCGUUAUCCCCAACAAGUUCCAACAUCAUGAGCGCUCUGACCGAACGAAGGCAAUCUCGACGUGAUUCUUGUCUCGAAGCAUUAGAUGCAGCAAGACCUCAAUCAACUAUGGGAGGUCAGCUAGCUCCAGAUAUCUAUAUAACAACAGAUACGGAUUGUGGUGAUCCGGUUGGAGGAAAUUUCUUACAAAUGCCUCGGAAGGACAGGUCUUGCUCAUGGAGUGGCCGACCGUUAUGGAUGGAAGUAGCUGAAGCAACCAGAGUGAAGGUGCCUCACACAUUUCAAGUUCACAGUUAUAAGCGACCAACAAUCUGUCAACAUUGUAAAAAGCUACUGAAAGGUUUAAUACGUCAAGGCAUCCAAUGCCGAGAUUGUAAAUAUAACUGUCACAAGAAAUGUAGUGAAUUUGUCGCAAAAGACUGUCCUGGAAAUGUUUCAAAUCAAUUCUUCUUAGGAACCUCUGAUGAUGGUCGAUCUCUUUGUGGCAGUAUGGAAAAUUUAAGAAUGUGUUCUGUUCCAUAUGAUUCGGAUCAGUCUGGUACAGCUGAAGAUCGUGAUGAUGAACUGAGUCCACGUUUGCAUAAGAAAGCUCAGAAUACUCCAAGUGCUCCAUUACAAGGAUCUGAUGGCACAUUUGUUGCACAAAAUUCUCCAGAAGAUGAAGUUCUCAGUACCGAAAGCCAGAAUAUUCCACUUAUGCGGGUCAUUAUGUCAAAGAAACAAACGAAAAGAAAGAAUGCGAAGGUUCUUAAAGAAGGCUGGAUUGUUCAUUAUACAAAUCUGAUGAAUAUGAGAAAAAAGCAUUAUUGGAGGCUAGACACAAAAAGUAUAAUCAUGUAUCAAGAUGAAACAUCAACAAGAUAUUUCAAGGAAAUUCCAUUAAACGAAGUGCUUGAAUUGAAAAAUGUUGAAAAUGAGAAUAUUAAGAAGACAGGAGGUCAUUACUUUGAGAUUCGAACACAGGAUUGUGUCUACUACAUAGCUGGCACGCCGUCCGAUGAAAACUCAUUACAUGUAGCACAAUCAUGGUCGCAGGCUAUACAGGCAGCAUUGAUGCCUGUAACUCCUCAAUCCAGCACAGGCCAAAUAGCAAUGGCUAAGCUGAAAGUUCCAACUGAAGGAGAAAAAGGACAUCUUGGUUCAACGAUUCAAAGUGAGCAGGAGUUCUCGCAGCUAUAUCAGAUUUUCGCGGAAGAGGUACUUGGAUCCGGUCAAUUUGGAACGGUUUACGGUGGAAUACAUCGAAAGUCAGGAAAACAUGUCGCUGUGAAACUGAUUGAUAAGCUGAAGUUUCCUCCUAACAAGGAAGAUUUAUUACGAACGGAAGUUCUCAUACUUCAGAAAGUCAAGCACCAUGGUGUUGUUGAGUUCCAACAAAUGCUUGAAACUCCAGACAGAAUAUUUGUUGUUAUGGAGAAGCUGAAGGGUGAUAUGCUUGAAAUGAUAUUAUCAUCAGAGAAAGGAAGGUUAAGCGAACGGAUUACACAAUUCCUAGUUGGACAGAUAUUAAUUGCUUUACGUUAUCUACAUAAUCUCAAUAUUGUGCAUUGUGAUUUGAAGCCGGAGAAUAUCCUUCUCACAUCUAAUUCCGAUUUUCCACAGGUUAAAUUAUGCGAUUUCGGUUUCGCACGUAUAAUCGGUGAGAAGUCAUUUCGACGUAGUGUUGUGGGUACACCAGCUUAUUUGGCUCCAGAAGUUUUAAGAAAUAAAGGCUUUAACCGAUCAUUGGAUAUGUGGAGUGUGGGUGUUAUUGUUUAUGUGAGCUUGUCUGGCACAUUUCCUUUCAAUGAAGAUGAGGAUAUUCAUGACCAAAUUGAGAAUGCUGAAUUCAUGUAUCCAGCGAAUCCAUGGAAGGAGAUAUCAGCCACUGCUAUCGAAUUCAUAAAUGGCUUGUUACAAGUGAAAAUGAGCAAACGAUUCACAGUCUCCAAAGCUUUAUCUCAUAUUUGGAUGCAGGGUUAUGAUCUCUGGUCAGAUUUGCGUUUAUUAGAAAAAAGCGUUGGUGAACGUUAUCUGACACAUGAAAGUGACGAUGCUCGAUGGACAGACUACGAGCGCGAGCACAAUGUGAAGCCAGCCUACGUGUAG